ACCCCGCGCGUGGUCCCCGCGUUGUGUAUUUUUAUGGGACCUCACAGGCCAACCUGUCGUUGUCAAUCCCCCCAUAUACCGAUUCAGAGUGGAAUUAGGAUGUGAACAGUGAUCAUUUUUCGCGAAGUCAUUGAUUGGUUACGUGUUACGAGCUAAAGUAUCUCUGAAGUAAACUGGCAACCGAGUGAGCGCGAAUCAGUGUUCGAUCUAGUGACCGUGAAAAGUGAAAAGAAAGUGAUUUGAAAGUGAAAUCUCCGUUCCCGGGCCAUCCAUCAGCACAAAUGUUCGAUAGCGAGGAGGAAUCAGCAUUUGUCAUCCUGACGCCGCCAAUGUUUCACCACCACUACAGCAGUUACCGAGAGCCUGCUAGCUAUGGUAAGAAAAAUGGUGUCUGGUACGCUUCACCGGGAAACCAGGGCUGGGGUACCGGGAGCCGUCUGAGCCGCAAGCCAUCCGUAACCGAAGUGGACAACAUGCCGUCCGGGAGUCUGAAACCGAGCGCCGGUCGCGUCAUCCGGAUUAUCAACAGUCACGAUCACAGUGUUCAGUGUCGAGUGCUGCUUAAUUUGCGUACAUCGCAACCCUUCGAGGAGGUCCUAGAGGACCUAGGCCAAGUGCUGAAGAUGAUCGGCGCCAAAAAGAUGUAUACCAACCACGGUCAGGAGGUACGCAGCUUCUCCCAGUUGCGCAACGAGUUUGCAGAGGUCGACACGUUCUACCUGAGCAACACCCCGUCCCUGCCGAUUGGUGCCCUUGGGCCCGGUGUAAUCCCUCCGUCACCUGCACGCCGGUCCCGCUCGCGUCUCGGCGGUUCCGUCCCGGAUGACCUCUCGAAGACAACGGCCCGUCAACGGGCCCGCAGCAAAAGUAGACCACGCGCUCUGUACGCCCCGGAAAACGAGCUAAUGCGGGCGUCCUCCGAUUACCCGCUGCUGGACUCUAUGAAGGAGGAACCGACCCGGAUCACGAUACGGGGACUGCGUCGGACGUUCUAUCCACCGAUGCAUCAUCCACCGGUGGAUAAUGCACCGCCGGAUAAGAAGCUGUCGCUGUUUUGGGUACAUGGUUACCGUGGAAUCGAUUCGAAGAGAAAUUUGUGGGUUCUUCCGUCGGGAGAGCUGCUGUACUAUGUUGCCGCCGUUGCCGUACUGUACGACCGGGAGGAGGAAGCUCAGCGGCACUACACCGGACACACGGAGGAUAUCACCUGCAUGGAAGUGCACCCAUCGCGGGAGCUGGUCGGUUCCGGACAGCGCGGUGGCCGCGAUCGCAAAUCUCAGGCCCAUGUCCGCAUCUGGAGUACGGAAUCACUGCAAACGCUGUACGUGUUCGGCAUGGGUGAACUGGACACGGGUGUCAUAGCGGUGGCCUUUUCGCAGCUCAACGGCGGCAGUUACAUCCUGGCCGUGGAUGCCGGUCGCGAAAGUAUACUGUCGGUGUGGCAGUGGCAGUGGGGCCAUCUGCUCGGCAAGGUGGCGACACUGCAGGAAGGUAUUUGGGGCGCAACGUUCCAUCCGUUGGACGACAAUCUAUUGAUCACACACGGCAAGGGCCAUUUAGCAUUCUGGCACCGUCGGAAGGAUGGGUUCUUCGAAAAGACAGAUAUAAUCAAACCGCCUUCGAAAACAUUCGUCACCUGCGUUCAAUUUGAACCGGAUGGAGAUGUAAUAACCGCAGACAGCGACGGUUUCAUAACGAUCUACAGUGUGGAUGCCGACGGGGCCUACUUUGUGAGGAUGGAAUUUGAAGCACACAGCAAGGCAAUUUCCUGCCUGGUGAUGCUUUCCGAGGGUACUUUAAUAUCAGGAGGUGAAAAAGAUCGCAAAAUUGCCGCAUGGGAUUCGUUGCAGAACUACAAGAGGAUAACCGAUAUUAAGCUUCCAGAAUCCGCCGGUGGAGUCCGUACAAUUUACCCCCAGCGACCGGGUCGAAACGAUGGCAACGUCUAUGUUGGCACCACUCGCAACAAUAUUUUGGAAGGAUCGCUACAGCGUCGCUUCAACCAGGUCAUGUUUGGACAUGGUAAACAGCUGUGGGCUUUGGCUGCCCACCCGGAUGACGAGGUGUUCGCUACGGGAGGCCACGACAAGUACGUAGCGAUGUGGAGAAGACACAAACUUAUCUGGACAUCGUCGGUGGGUUACGAAAUAAUUUCCCUAGCCUUCCAUCCGUACGGGGCAGCCCUUGCCGCCGGAAGCUCUGAAGGACAUCUGGUGGUGAUCAAUGCUGAGAAUGGAGCGACAAUGCUAACGAUUCGCGUCUGUGGAUCACCUCUAAAUUGUGUGGAGUUUAAUCAGGUGGGCGACAUGAUUGCCAUCGGCUCACAGAACGGAAGCAUCUAUCUGUUCCGCGUAUCGCGCGACGGAUUCUCGUACAAGAAGAUCAACAAGAUCCGUGGUUCGCAGCCGCUAACGCACCUUGACUGGAGCUCGGAAGGUAACUUCCUUCAGUCGGUAACUGUGGAUUUCGAUUUGCUCUUCUGGGACGUGAAAUCUCUUUCGCCGGAAAAGAGCCCCAUUGCCAUGAAGGAUGUCAAGUGGUUAACCAACAACAAUACGGUUGGAUUCAUGGUAGCCGGAAUGUGGAACAAUCGCUACUAUGCGGCUCCGGCAAACACCAUCAUAACCACAACGUCGCGAACCGCCGCCCAGGAUCUGAUUGUUAGCGGUGACAGCGAUGGCUAUCUGCGUCUGUUCCGCUAUCCAUGCAUUACUCCCCGGGCUGAGUUUACCGAGGCAAAGGUAUACUCCGGUACGCUGGCAUGCGUGAAAUUCCUUCACGGCAACCACAGUUUGGUAACGGUUGGUGGUACUGACGCGUCCCUCAUGAUCUGGGAGCUCACUGAAGAAUAGCCACUGUGGCCACCGUGGCGUUCAGGUGCCGCGCCACUGUCCCCAUCACCAGGUAAUCCUCCUAACACUAGCCUAGUAGCCACCAAUCAUCAAAAAGUUAAUCAAAAAAAACCAAAAACUCACAUCACCGCCACUUCACCGAUAAUCAGUAAAAAUCCCCUGAAUCGUGAAAGUAACGAUCCAAGCGCUAGCAAUAACCCCAAUCAAAAUCAACCAACUUCACAUCAACAAAAACCACAACAACAUCAACAGCAACCAUCACAAGAACCAACGCCGCCAGCGGGGGUCGUCGCCGUCGGAUCAACCGACGGCCAGCGACCGAACGCGGAAAAGCCAGCUGCGGAAACUGCAAACGGUACAGCUGAACAAUGGGUAUUUAUAAAAUAAGAGAAAAACAAAACCACCCA